CCUUUGUUUGUCGUCUUAUAUUCUAGCUUCGAAUAAUGAUAUCAAAGACUAGAAUCAUUGUGGACAAAUUUUCUAUUUAUAUUAUUCUGAGAACAAUAACAUUGUCAUUCACGGUAUAUUUAUAUCUUUUAUUGAUGUGAAUGCGUUGAUGCAAGGAUUCAUAAUCCUUAUGUAUAUACAUAUUUAUAUCGUGGUCCUAGUUUUUCUACCAAAAGUUAAACGAUACUGGAGAAAACGGUUUUAUGUUAUAUUGUAUUUGGAUUUACAAUAAUCUUCAGCAGUGUUUCUUGCCUAGUAUUUCUCUGGACAGCUGGCAUUAUUCUGAUUUGCUGCUGUACCAGGUGCAAAAAGGUAUUUAAGGUAAACAUUAAACUAGUAACUAGGAAGACACCUACUGGACUUCUGACAGCCAUCACACUCCUCUGUCACCCAGAGUCAGGAGAGAGCAAGAAUCAAGGAUGUGCCGGCUGCUGUGUCAGGUUAUUGUCGUCUGUCUCCUGUAUGGGGUGGAGAGCAGACCACGUGAUCUAUCGCCAGGUGAAAACGCUUCGUGCAUCGAUGUCUUCUCACACUUCUCAGAUGGAAAAGUCACUUUCACUGAUGGUGCAAGGAGAGUGUUACUAAACAAACAACCGAAAGGACCUGGAUACAAAUGCAUGAUAAAAGAAGACAGUUAUCUCCCAGAAAAUGGAAAGAAACAUAAACAACAUCGACACGGAGACACUUUUAACUGCUCUGAGGAGGACAUGAACUUUAUUGCCACGAUGUGCCAACAACUGAUGGCAACAAAUAAAAGUCAGGAUGCGAGUGCCAAGCUCAAACGAGCUCUAGUGUAUCCAGGUACAGUGUGGUGUGGCCAUGGAAAUGAGGCAAAUGGUGACAACACCAAGAUCGGCGAGUUCGCUGACACCGACUCCUGCUGUCGUGCACACGACCUCUGCAAUCCACAGAUCCCCGGCUUCACUGACGACCCUAAGACUGGCUUAAAUAAUGAAUUUCCAUUCACAAGGCUACACUGCACGUGUGACACGGACUUUAAGGAGUGUUUAAAGCAGUCAAAGGACGACAUCGCAAGCGCAGUUGGUAACAUGUACUUCAACUUAAUUCCUCCGACUUGCUUCAAAGAAGUAAACCGAUGCUCCGACAACAGCAUCUCACCAGACUGUACCUCGUGGGACUGGGACUCAGUGGGAGAUUUCUAAUUGAGGGUCUUCAGGUGGCAGGAUGAUAUUAUACCAACUUACUUUCCUCUGUGCCCGUCACGACCAUCAGAAACCUAACACAACACACGUGUAAACAUUCUACAUCGCCACGAGGUUCCACAUCUGUGUCAACUAUUACUGGAAAUGUCCCGCUAAUCUGGAAACUGCAAGACUUUGAUGAAGAAUUGGAUUUAUUGUAGAAAUUUCUGCCCUGGGUCUCCUGGGCAGACAAUAAAGUCUGUUUUGAUUUUGAUUUGAUUUUGAUUUUGAAAAAAAGGUUGUGAUAAGAGCAGCAGUCAGAAACAAACGGCAAUAAUAAACAAACUGUGUUGCCUGACA